AUGAACUCCAAGAAAGCUCCUGGUAUUGAUCAUUUUGCUUCAGACAUAUGCCAUCAGUUCACCAUGAGUUAUCCCAAACUAAUUACUGACUUUUUCAACCGAAGUUUAACACUGCAGCAUUUCCCCAAACAGUGGAAGAUGGCUUAUGUCAAGAUUAUCCCCAAGCCAAGCAAGAAAGAGUAUGGAGAGCUGGGCUCUUUUCUACCAAUAGGUCUUCUACCCAUGUUCGGAAAGCUUUUAGAGAAAUUAUUCAUUAAAAAGGUUACCCAUUGCGCAUCUCAAAACGGAAAGAUAAACCGUCGCCAAUUCGGUUUUCGUGAACAAACGAACAGCAUAAAAACCAUUAACACUGCAUUGGAUCUAGUCCAAAGGGCAAAAGAAAACAAACAGUUAGCGGAGGCCAUCUCUCUUGACAUCAAAGCUGCUUUUGAUAGCGCUUGGUGGCCAGCACUUUUCAAUCGACUACGGUACAUUGCAUGUCCAAACAACAUAUUCGGACUAAUCAGGAGCUAUUUUCAAGAUCGCGUUGUCAUCUUGGAUCAUGCUGGUGAACGCGUUAAAAAGACUUUGUCGAGAGAUUGCAUACAAGGUUCCACAUGCGGUCCAGCGCUGUGGAAUAUUAUACUUGAUGAACUAUUGUAUAAGAAAUUUCCGGAAGAAUGCCAUGCGCAAGCUUUGGCAGAUGAUUUCCUACUCAUAAUCACAGCUGACAACGUUCAUAAAAUACAAACCAUCGCUAACCAAGCCUUAUCUAUAGAAAACGAAUGGGGAACUGGCGUGAAGCUAACAUUCGGACAUUCCAAGACCCAAAUGCUAGCGUUCACGCCAAAGGCUAAAAGUGCACAAAUUGAAAUGGCCGGAUAUAUUCUUACUUUCAAACAGGAAUUGAAAUAA